AUGGCGACUCCUAACAAUGUUACUCCCACCAACUGCAGCUGGUGGCCCAUUUCAGCCCUGGAGAAUGAUGCCGGCAAAUCCAUGGAGACAGAGGAAAACCAGGACCCGGCACACCCUGCUUUCCGCUCCAAGGACAGUCUGGUUUUGUAUCACUGGACCCAGUCAUUCAGUUCACAGAAGCGUUUGACAGUCCGGCUGGUCAUUGCAGAAAAGGGGUUACCAUGUGACGAACGGGACGUUAGCAUGCCACUGACCGAGCACAAAGAGCCCUGGUUCAUGCGGCUCAAUCUUGGGGAAGAGGUGCCUGUGAUCAUUCAUGGAGACAACAUUAUCAGUGACUACAAUCAGAUCAUUGAUUACAUGGAAAAGAACUUCAUAGGAGAAAAUGUUACCCAGCUAAUUCCAGAAGCGGGGAGCCUCCUUCAUUCCAGAGUGAUGCAGUACAGAGAGCUCCUGGAUUCCUUGCCCAUGGACGCUUAUACGCACGGAUGCAUCCUUCACCCAGAGCUCACCACAGAAUCCAUGAUUCCAAAGUAUGCUACAGCUGAGAUCCGCAGACAUUUAGUUAAUGCCAGCACGGACCUUCUGAAGUUAGACCAUGAAGAGGAGCCACAGUUAACAGAGCCAUAUCUUUCCAAACAGAAGAAACUCAUGGCCAAAAUCCUGGAACAUGACAAUGUGAACUACUUGAAGAAAAUCCUGGGUGAGCUGGGAAUGGUGCUAGAUCAGAUUGAGGCUGAGCUGGAGAAGAGGAAAAUUGAAUAUCAAGGACAGAAAUGUGAACUCUGGCUUUGUGGGUGUGUUUUCACCUUGGCCGACAUCUUGCUGGGAGCCACCCUGCACCGCCUCAAGUUUCUAGGACUCUCUAAGAAAUACUGGGAAGAUGGCAGCAGGCCCAACCUACAGAACUUCUUUGAAAGGAUACAAAAACGCUUUGCCUUCAGGAAAGUUUUGGGAGACAUACACACCACCCUCCUCUCGGCUGUGGUACCCAACGCCUUCAGGCUGGUCAAACGGAAACCUCCGUCCUUUUUUGGAGCCUCUUUCCUCAUGGGAUCUCUAGGGGGGAUGGGGUAUUUUGCUUAUUGGUAUCUAAAGAAAAAAUACAUCUAA